AGGGGGGAAGGGGGUCCCCGACCGCAAGGGAGACGGACGGGGCUCGCUUCUCUCCGUCUCCUCCCCACACCCGGGUUUCUCAGCCCUCGCCGCCCCGAGCCGGCUCCGGGAGCUGGGGACGCCCGGCUAGAGGAAACGAUCCUCCCGCCUCUGGAAUUGGGGCUGCGGGGGUGGGGGCCGAGCCGAGGGCGGCGCGCGGCCAAGUUGCAAAUUGGAUUAGGGAGCGUGGGGGUGAGAGCCACGGGAGGGUGAGGGAGCAGGGCGGAGGGGCCCGGGCCGCCGGAGCCGCCGAGCGGGGCAGCUGUCCCCAUCGGCGGCCGCCCAGCCUUCCUCCAACACCCGGAAAGAACAGGCUUUCCGGGUGAUCGUGCAGCCUCCCCCCGGCGAAGAGAUCUGCUCCCUAAAGCCUCAGCUCAGUCCCAACCACACCCGGAGAUGACCCGGCGCGGGGAGCGGCCCCUCGUUCAGGCGAGGGGUGGAGCCGGGGCCCAGCGCUGGGGAAAGGGCCUGGGCCGAGAUCCCGGGCGCGCGGCCGGGGCAGCGCUGGGAAGGCUCGGGGUGGGGCAGGCGGAGGAGGCACCAUGCUGACCCGCCUGUUCAGCGAGCCCGGUCUCCUCUCGGAAGUGCCCAAGUUCGCCAGCUGGGGCGACGGCGACGACGACGAGCCGAGGAGCGACAAGGGCGACGCACCGCCGCCGCCUCCGCCUCAGCCGGGGCCCGGGGCUCCGGGGCCCGCCCGGGCCGCCAAGCCCGUCCCUCUCCGUUCCGACGAGGUGCCGGAGGCCGCGCUGGCCGAGGUCAAGGAGGAAGGCGAGCUGGGGGGUGAGGAGGAGGAGGAAGAGGAGGAAGAGGAAGGGCUGGACGAGGCCGAGGGCGAGCGGCCCAAGAAGCGCGGACCCAAGAAGCGCAAGAUGACCAAGGCGCGCCUGGAGCGCUCCAAGCUGCGGCGGCAGAAGGCGAACGCGCGGGAGCGCAACCGCAUGCACGACCUGAACGCGGCGCUGGACAACCUGCGGAAGGUGGUGCCCUGCUACUCCAAGACCCAGAAGCUGUCCAAGAUCGAGACGCUGCGCCUCGCCAAGAACUACAUCUGGGCGCUCUCGGAGAUCCUGCGCUCGGGCAAGCGGCCCGACCUGGUGUCCUACGUGCAGACGCUGUGCAAGGGCCUGUCGCAGCCCACCACCAACCUGGUGGCCGGCUGCCUGCAGCUCAACUCGCGCAACUUCCUCACCGAGCAGGGCGCCGACGGCACGGGCCGCUUCCACGGCUCGGGCGGUCCGUUCGCCAUGCACCCCUACCCGUACCCGUGCUCGCGCCUGGCGGGCGCACAGUGCCAGGCGGCGGGCGGCCUGGGCAGCGGCGCGGCGCACGCCCUGCGGACCCACGGCUACUGCGCCGCCUAUGAGACGCUGUACGCGGCGGCGGGCGGCGGCGGCGCGAGCCCGGACUACAACAGCUCCGAGUAUGAGGGCCCGCUCAGCCCCCCGCUCUGCCUCAAUGGCAACUUCUCGCUCAAGCAGGACUCGUCGCCCGACCACGAGAAGAGCUACCAUUACUCUAUGCACUACUCGGCGCUGCCCGGCUCGCGGCCCACGGGCCACGGGCUGGUCUUUGGUUCGUCGGCUGUGCGCGGGGGCGUCCACUCGGAGAAUCUCUUAUCUUACGAUAUGCACCUUCACCACGACCGGGGCCCCAUGUACGAGGAGCUCAAUGCGUUUUUCCAUAACUGAGACCUCGCGCCUGCCCCUUCCUUUUUUUUUUUUUUGGCCUUUGCCCGCACCCUUGCCCCCAACCUCCCCACCCCCCCCAGCGCAGGGGCACCCCCACCUACCCCAGCGCGGGGUGCGGGGAGCGGGCCGUCGGUUCUGCCGCUCUCCUGGGCAGCGCGGUCCUCUUAUCUGUGGGUGCCCGUCCUAGGGGCCUCGCUUCCCCCAGGGGACUCGCCUUCUCUCUCCCCAAGGGGUUCUCUCCUCCUCUUUCCCAGGGAAUACUUCUACAGGGACCCUCUUCGGGCACUCUCUGGAGACCCCUCCCCCCAUUCCCAACUCCUGCACUGUUCCUCUUCCCCUUUCCCCCUGCAGGCCCAAAGGCUUUGGUAAGGGGGGCAGCUGAGCUGUGGUAUACUGUUUUCCUCUUAUUAUUAUUAUUAUUGAAACAGUCACCGAGCUGCCGAGGAGCAGGGCGCCCCCUCUUUCUUGAAAAGGGCAUAAGUCUGGGCGCCAAACCUGGACCUGGAAGCCCUCACCCCCAACCCCUAGUCUCAGCGUUUUGUGAUUUUAAUUUUGGCGGGAGGGAAUGUGGAUUGAGAGGAAAGAGAGAGGCCAAGAUAAUUUGUAACUAGAGUCCAUUUCCCCCCUUUUCCUUUUUUAAACAAACAUACAUACAAAAAAAAAAAAAAAUAUGAGGCGACGGAGGCCGAACGCAGAGGCCAGAUCAGAAAAAAACGCAGUAAGAACUUUUAGAAGCAAUAAAAGGCAAAAAAUACUACUACCAAUAAUAAAAAGACACAAAUAUCUAUGCAAGGAGGUUCUGACUGAGCCUAGCGGCCCGGCCCGGCCCCGGGAUGCCCCUCCGGGCCCGCGGGCCGCGCCGCCCAAGCGCGGAUCUGUGCACUUUGGUGAAGUGGGGGCCGGCGCUGUCCCCUCCCCUCCCCAGGUUCUUACAAUCAGAGACUCCGAGAUUUGGGGCCCCAGUGCCACUGCCCUCCCCCGCCCCGUCCCCGUUGUGCGUCAUGCUGUUUUUUUAAAAUCUGUUUCCAAAUUUGUAUGGAAUGGCAAACUGUUGGGGGGUCGGUUUGGGGAGGGAGGGUUUGCAUGAAAGACACACACGCACGCCACACCGCACGCACACGCAGGCCCAGAGCCGGCGUUGGGGGGCAGAGGGAGGAGAGCUCGCCGCCCCCCAACCCCCCUCAGGCGACUCUAUCCCUUCCCGGGACAGGGGUGGAGACCCAGACCUGAAGGCAGCCCCUCCCGACUGUGCCUCUUUGGGCCUCAGGCGCCCAGCGAUUUCCGGUGGCUGGAGAGGGAGUUUUUGUCCGAGGCAUCCUCUUGGCUCUGGCUGACAGGUGGGCAGGGAGACGGCUGAGGACUCCUCCUGGAGGUUUCCCAAAAAAAAGGGGGCAAAAGGAGAACCUCUCCCCACCGGAGGCAGGAGAUCAGACAUCCAAACACACGAUGCAAAAAUGCAAACCCACAGGCGAAACACCCACACACUCACACGCAAUUUUACCUUCCUCUUGUAGCGAAGAUGAAACUCCCGUCGGACACCCGAAGUGCAUUGCGUGUUUCUGUUCAGUUUAAUGACGAUUAAUAAAUAUUUAUGUAAAUGAGAUGCAAA